CCGGUUUGUUUACAUCCAAUGCACAAUAAUAAACGCUACCGGAACACAGUCGCCUGCUCCAAAACAUGGAACCAGCACCGAAGAAAAGCUCGUCCAAUAGCAAAAGAAAUUCUUCCACCGACUCCAAACCCAACCUGAAGCUACUGUUCAGUGCGUUUCAAAAGUAUGGCGCACAACACCCGGAAGAAAUCCGCCGGGCAAUGCCCCAUCUGUCGUCCAACUUGGAUGAGUACGUGAACGAGAUUGCGGCCAUGAGCGAGAAGCAGGUGCUGAAGAUGCAAAACAGUCCGGAAUUUGAGCAGUGUGAAUCGUGGAGCGAAAUACUGGACUCGGUCGGGUUCCGGGAGACGUGCAACAAUGAGCUGCCGCUGGCGCUGCUUACCAUCGCCCACACGGAAACGUUCCCGAAGCCGGAAAAUGCGAACGGGGUCGACUUUCAGCUGCUGUACCUGAACCUGGCCAGCAUGAUGAUGGGACAACCGAUAAAGGCGAUGAACCAGAGCACGCAGAAGGUGCUAAAGCAGGUGUAUGAGGACACCGUGCUGGAAACAUCCCAAUCGGAUCAAAAGGAAGAGAUUGCGAUACUGCACAAAACGCUGAAAACCAUGCGGAAACCGGUCCAUUCGAACGAUGACCCACACACGAUGACCGAUUUGAGGCUGUUCUUUGCCGAUCCCAACAUAAACCCGUUUCGGCUACCGAUCGAUCGGUUAUGUUCAAAUGAACCGUGAGGGUGAGCGGAUCCGUUUCUAGCCAUCUAAGCCAUCGCAGAAUUCUCCAAAAUAAUAAAAAAAAAACACUCGUGCACCCAUUGCAAUCACGCUUUGGUUGUUUAUUAAUUUUUACCAUUGGAUUCAGGGUUAGUACAAAUCUCGAUAUUUUUGUUUGUUUGUUUGUUAGUUAACAUCAUGUUCGUUCGUCCGAUGUGCUACUAGUUCAGUUCAUUUACAUCAAGAUAGUUGUUGUUAAUAUGCAUUGCUAGAGCAUUUGCGCACUAUGUUAUUUGCCGUUUCCGAAUUGUCUCUCGUGUUUUCCUUCUGCCAAGGAUGAGAAUUGAUUUCCGUCUCACAAAGUAAAGAUUAAAUUAAACGCAACCAAAACUGCGAACGGCACAAUCGAACUGUGUGCCGGUAGGAACAAUCGUCUGUAGUAGGGUAGUGUAGUCUGUGCCUAGUGCGGUUCGAUAGUAAAUACGUUACGCUGCCGUAACCUGCAGAUAUAUCUAUUUUGCUACGCAUUGUGAGCUCUCGGAACAACGGGGAAAAUGUGUGUAUCUCAAAUGUAGCGAUAAUGCAAAAUUGGUGGUUUGUAUAAAAGAGUUACAAAAAUAGACAUUUGUUUGUUUGCUCUGCUUA